AUGUCGCCCACCAGGCAUGAGACAAUAAGCAGCCACCCGAUUGGAGACCAGCUAGAUGAAUUUCGUGGCCUGUUCGACAUCUGCGAACCUAUCGCAGCAGAUGAGGGGGAAGUGAACAACAUCAGGCCUAAAGUCCUCCGUUUCCUCCUUGCUCUACCAACACUGCCUGCUUGCGACAAGUUACUUUCUACUAAGGGAUCUGGUCCGCUUUAUAUCGACAUCUUGCGGCUAGCUACCGAUUUUGAUAUUGUAUCUCUUCUACCUCUAUUGAAAGUCGUCAGGGAUAAGGAGUCCGAUGAAGUUAUCUGGAAUAAGGUCUACGAGGCUGUCGCCGCGGCCACGCCCCCCCCUCGCGCGCCACUGUCUUUCCCACAGACGCCUUCAAGUCGAAAUACGGGCACCUCCACUAAUUCAAAUGAAUAUCGAGUCGACAUGGAUAUCUUAUUGAAGGGAGGAGCUGGGCGACAUGCAAUAUUCGAGAGGUGUAAAGAAGGAGACGACCCGAUAUAUCGCGAGGAUACUGGCUGGACAGGGUGGCCGGAGGGCGCACCGGAGGAGCAGGUGCUGGCCUGGAUGUCACGGGUUAUUAGUAAACUCAUAGAGCUGUAUGAGGAACAAGAGCCAGGCGAGACAGUGCAGAGAAGGCCCCUGGCACUGCCCAAUCAGCCGCUAAAAGGCUCUACGGCCGAGCGGAAGUUAGACAUCGGCUUUAUGAAUGGUAGCGCACCCCUUGAGAACGGCAAGUACGCCUGGUCACAGAUACUCGUGCCAGGAGAGUUAAAGAACAAACCAGGACUUGAUAUCAAAUCUAGGGCGUGGCUAGAUCUUGGAAGAUAUGCAAGAGAGGUAUUAGCGAGCCAGGACUCUCGCCGUUUUGUGCUAGGCUUUACACUCUGCGGGUCACGCAUGAGGCUAUGGUUAUUCGACCGUCUGGGUGGGAUCGGGUCGGAACGGUUUGAUAUCCACGAGGAUGGCCUUCGAUUUAUAUCAGUAUUGCUUACUUAUCUACUUAUGAGCGAGGAGCAGCUUGGGUUUGACCCAACGAUUGUCACUGAUACAGAGGAGGACUUGCGCUACAUUACGAUAGAACGAGAUGAUAGAGAGGAACGCCUGAUCAUUGACGAGAUGAUUAAGCGCACAGCCUGCAUUGCUGGACGAGCUACCACCUGUUGGAAAGUACAUCGCGAUGGUGAAUCUCUAUCCCUCGUGGUCAAGGACUCCUGGCAGUAUCCGGAGCGAGAUGAGGAAGGGGAGCUACUUCGCGAGGUCACAGAGAAAGGGGUGAUCAACGUAGCGCGAUACUACCACCAUGAGACGGUUCAGGUAGGAGGUAGGGAUGACGACGUCUGCAAUGGGGUGAGGAAAGGGCUGGACAUCACGACAGCCAGCAACUAUAUGACAGCUAGCUCCAGGCGUCCAGAAAAUGUGAGCAGAAGCAGUUCUCGCACAGGGAAGAAGAGCAGCCGCACCACCAGCAGGAAACGAUCCUCCACAAAUGUUGAGCCGUCGUUGCCUCCCAGCAAACGCACGCAGUCUCGUCCUCCGUAUACCUCUCCGUCACUCUCUACUCCGCCACCCUCCAACCGGAUCCAUCGCCGUGUUAUCAUUCAAGACUACGGUAAACCUAUCUAUGAAGCAAGCUCAAAGGUUGCCUUACUUGCGGCGCUAGAAGGAUGUAUCAAAGGCUACGAGUCCCUUCAUCAACAGGCUGGCAUACUCCAGAGUGAUAUAUCCCCCAACAACCUAAUGAUUAACGAGGACGGAGGUUCCUUAAAGUCAUUUAUCAUCGAUCUAGAUCUUGCCAUCAAGGAAGACAGGGUGGAGUCCUCAGGGGCUCGGGGAAAGACGGGCACGCAAGCAUUCAUGGCGAUUGGGGUCCUUCUGGGCGAGAAGCACUCGUUUAUGCACGAUCUUGAGUCAUUCUUCUGGGUUCUCUUCUGGAUAUGCAUUCACUAUCAUGGCCCCCUGGGUAAAAAAACAGUUACAGUAUUUGAGGAGUGGAACUAUAUAAGUACGGAGAAGUUGGCCAAGGAGAAGAAAGGCGAAAUAAAUGUUGAGACUGAUUUCCUCGAGUCUGCAACGAAGCACUUUACGGAAUACUACCAACCGCUUGUGCGCUGGGUCAAUAAACUGCGACGAGUCGUCUUUCCUGACGGUGGAAGAUGGAAGACGCCUAAUGAAAACUUAUACUCUAGCAUGACUGACCUUCUUCGAGAAGCCCAGAUGGACCCUAAAGUCAUUGGGAGCUGA